AUGAGUAGGCCAAUUUUCAAGGCUUACAAAGGCGAAAAGAUCAGUUUUGAGCAACGACUUCAAGAUGGAUACGUGUGUCUCGAUCCGUUUAUCCCACUUCUAAGCAAUCUAUCAAGUUUGAAAUAUCACGGAGAUGAUCCUCUGUUUGAAAAUUUGGAUGAUAUGAUCACCUCGCAGUUUAAUAUACUUAUAGAUACGGAUAGGUCAGGUACGCGGUGGAUUACGUUGCAAAAAGCGCACGAAUUGUGGGAUUUAUUACGUAUGCAAGACGACUUAAAUACUGGUGGUAGCUCGAUUAAACGCGAUGAAGAUACAAAUGGGCACGCUCAAGAUGAUGAAGGGCGUGAGUCCACGGGCGGUUCGACAACCGAUGCAACAUCUAAGAAUGGUAACGGAUCUCAGAAGAACGAAAACGCCAAUUCCAGUGCUCCUCUUUCACAACAACAAGAACAGCAGCAACAACAGCAGGAGAAAAAUCAGGAACCUCCUCAAAAGCAGCAGCAACAGCAGCAGCAAGUAUCGGGGUCUUCUGGAAAUAACGCUGGAAAUGACAAUGUUUCAAGUACCCAAGGUACUUCGCGUGAUUCUAGUACACCAAGUGUUCCGAUUGAUGCAAAUGUGAAGGGUGAUCAAACUGAUCAAAUUGCUUCGGGCACUGAUGAAAAAGCCUACAACAGUCCUACCACUGGUAAACACGACUUAGGGGAACACAUAGACUCGCCAACUAAAAGACAUCAAACUCAGUCUGUAUCGGUGAUUCCAGUAUUCAAGCAUGAUCUUCCAACAGUAUCAACACUUCAAAAGACACUGCCCUCUAUAACCAAUUACACAGCAGAAGAACGUGUGAAGCUAGAAACACUGUUACAGCGGAUACUAUUCCCUGAAACGUCGCCUGAAGACGCAGUAACUUCCUCUAAUGGCUACCCAGUUAUCGAUCUGGGUCAACAGCUGCAAGAACUUGAUGCUCAGUUUCCAAAUGUGAAACUUAAUCUCAACAUCCCAAUUGACGAACAUGGAAAUACCGCGUUGCACUGGCUAUGCUCCAUAGCUAAUCUGGAUCUUCUUAAGCAACAUAUAAUGUAUGGAAGCGACAGAAGAAUAGGAGAUAAAUCAGGCGAAUCCGUUCUAGUAAAAUCCGUAAAAUCCGUUAACAACUACGACUCCGGAACUUUCGAGGCGCUGUUGGACUAUCUGUAUCCAUGUAUUGUCUUGGUUGAUGAAAUGGAUAGAACUGUACUCCAUCAUAUAGUUAUCACAUCAGGUAUGCCUGGGUGCAACGCUGCAGCUAAGUAUUACUUGGACAUUCUUAUGGGAUGGGUUGUAAAAAAACAAUCUAGAAGCAAAGAAAGUGAAUGUGCGCUCUUGGAAGACAUAAAUCUACAAUGGGUUAUCACUCGGCUACUGAAUGCUAGGGACUCCAACGGUGAUACUUGUUUGAAUAUUGCAGCAAGACUAGGAAAUGUCGCGAUCGUUGAAGCAUUGUUAGAUUAUGGUGCAGACCCUAGCAUUGCGAAUAAUUCAGGGUUAUGCCCAUUGGAUUUUGGUGCUGGUACUCAACCACGGUUCCAAGCUAAUUCUAAGGCUCAGAUGAGUACACCUACUAAGAUUAAUGAAGCUGUGCCAGACCCAAUGGCAGAAUCAGCUACAUUGAUUACAAACAUAAAAUCCCUACUCUCGAAAAUCUCGGAUGACUACGAAGAUGAAGUUAAACAACAUAAUAGUAGAAUGUCUGAACUCUUGGAAACACUCAACAACAAAAGGGAAGUUCUGGCAAAGGCUAGAGACAGACUAGCAAAGGCGAAGCAAGUCCAAGACGAAUACAAUUUACUGUCAGAUAGACUCAAUAACGUUGAAAACACUAUCGCUGAAGAAGACCAAAACUUUCAACUAGCUUCCAGGGAACUAGGAUUAUCACUGGAUGAUGUCCAAGCCGAGGGCCUUAACUCUUCUGAUAUUAUAUUUGAUGCUGAUGAACCCUUCAGAAUCUCUUACGUUAACACUAAAUUUGAAGAAAAAAUUAAAAAUGAUUACAAUAAUGAUUUUGAGCUCUUUUUGAAGCACUGUGACCUCUCUAAAUUUGCUCGAGAGAUUUAUGAAAGUAUUCCAGAUACAACUGAGAUUCCACAUCCAAGAGUUUUGAAAGCAAGAAUAAAAGCUUACACGCGCAAUGAAUCUCACUUGGAAUCUACGCUUCAAACCAUCAAAAACAAGCAAAGGAAUCUGGAGUCAAAAUUCAGAAAGGUUCUCUCAUUAUGUCUUAAGAUAGAUGAGGAAAAGGUGGACUCUAUGCUUGAUGGUCUUUUGCAGGCUAUUUCUAAUGAAGAUCCUGAAGACAUUGACACAGAGGAAGUGAACAACUUUUUGGAGAGUGCUGCAGAAUAA